UUAGUACCGAAAUUAACCGAUGGGGACUGAGAAGGCGUCACUGCGUUCGGCCACCGGUUGUUUCCGUCAGUUUCCGAUCUCAUUCGGAAUUGAUCGGUCUUUCUUAGCGCAAAAUGGCGGAUCAGACCGAGCGUGCAUUCCAAAAGCAACCCACGGUUUUUUUAAACCGUAAAAAGGGAGUUGGAACCAAAUCUCGUAAACCUAGUAGAUACACCAGAAAUGUUGGUUUGGGCUUCAAAACUCCAAGAGAGGCAAUUGAAGGUACCUACAUCGACAAAAAAUGUCCUUUCACUGGAAAUGUAUCGAUAAGAGGACGAAUUCUUACUGGAGUUGUACAAAAAAUGAAAAUGCAGAGAACUAUUGUCAUUCGACGUGAUUAUCUACAUUAUAUCCGAAAAUAUAAUCGUUUUGAAAAGAGACAUAGAAAUAUGAGUGUACACUUGAGUCCUUGUUUCAGAGAUGUUGAAAUAGGGGACGUAGUGACUAUUGGAGAAUGUCGUCCGUUAAGUAAAACUGUUAGAUUUAAUGUCCUUAAGGUUUCCAAAGGAACAGGAUCAAAGAAGGCUUUCAAAAAAUUCUGAAAAAACAUCUUAAUACAGGUUCAACAUAGAGGCAUGGAGAACAUUUCUUCAACCAUUAAUACGCAUCAACAAAGAUAUCAAUGAAUCAAAAAAUGUUCUAAUUGCUUUUAAGUGACUGUUGACAACAAUAAAUUGAUUUACAUGAAGUAAA